AGAAACUUGCAGCGAGAUGCCCUUUCCAAACAGCUCUUCCAGGACCCAACGGCACAAACUGAUAUUGGCAGGGACCAUGGUUGUUUUAGUUGUCUUAGUGAGUGCUGUGUUGCUUGCGGUGUUCAUACCUGGAAGGAAAGGAACCCCUGGCUCAGAAGUAUUGCAGUGGAAAGGCCAAGGGACCACUAAACAGCUGCAGGAAAUCGUCUUGGGGAGAUGUCACAACUACAUUGCCAUAGUGAAUCCUGAGCUCAGGUGAGUGCUAAGAAUACACUUUUGAAGAAUAAAAGCAGCAGUGCGCAGUGUAGACAAAGAAGGAGCAGCAGGGAAACUGGACGGCAGCUAUUCUAGAGAAAAAUGUAUAGGCUGAGAUCUGAAGCUGUUCAUUUCCUCCCCAAAGUGCUAAAAAGCUGGACUGAAAACUAGCUGAACAGUCCCUGCAUUGGAAUUGUUCAGGGCUUUUAUAUCUCUCUUAUAUGCAUGAUAAUAAGGAGCUUGGCUUUCUCCAGCAUGCAGUGAUUUGGGAAAGUUCCACCUUUUGAAUUCUGGCCUGUUACACAGCUGCUAAAAGUGUAAGAAUUGCACAAGCAAAGAUGGUAUUUAGAAGUGGGUAUUUUAAAUGAAAGCAGGGGAGGGUUUCCUGUAUGUAUGAGUAAGUAGAUUGGACGGGUCAGAAAUGUAUUUUUUUUUAGCAAUACUUAAAAUGUUCACAGUUUUUGAAGUGCUUAAUGUACAUCAGCUCAGAAAUCCAUACAAUGGCAUUGUGAGGUAGGUUAAUGUUAUUGGAGAUGGCAUGUCUAAAGAAUACUGACUUGAUCAAAGCCAUUUAGUGAUGUUACGACAGAAAUGACAUUUUAACUUGGGGGCUUCUUGUUCCUGGUUUGAGGCUCCCAGUACAGUUCUACCCAUAUUUCUCCAGAACUUAAUCCAACUCCAUUUAGUUGAAAUAGCUGCCAAGUAAGUAUGAACCGAAUUACGGCCUGGUAGUACAAUUCUAUGUGUGGUUUACUCAGAAACAAGGGCUACUAAAUUCAAUGAAAUCAGUACAUUGGGUUUAGGGCUGCAGUCUUUGACUUUUAAAUAAGAGUCAGGGGGGAAGUGUUGAAAUCACCAAAUACAUGAGAAAAGAUGUGGUUGAUUGGGACUCAAAUCACAAUAUUUUCAUUAUCUUACUAGCUUUGGUGCUCAGAGGCAUGUUGUAAAAACUUGUCAACAGAAGAACUUAUUGAACCUUACAGUAUCUUGUAAUAGCAUUUGUUGAACCUUAUCACAAUGUUGCAAUGAGGAAAUAAUACUGUCUCUGACUAGAGGGAGAGGUUGGUGCGAAGCAGACUUUGGCCAUAUGAGGAACGUUUGGCAUCUGCUACCGAAAGACCUGUUCGAGAUAUUCACCAGAAGGCUCACUUUUCAUCUGUUCAGCCUUUAUCUGGGUAAAUGAUGGGAGCCAGGCAGAGGGCCUUCUCGGUAGUGGCGCCCACCUUGUGGAAUGCUCUCCUAUCAGAUGUCAAGAAAAUAAACAACUAGAAUCAUAGAAUCAUAGAAUCAUAGAGUUGGAAGAGACCACAAGGGCCAUCGAGUCCAACCCCCUGCCAAGCAGGAAACACCAUCAGAUAGAAUCAUAGAAUCAUAGAGUUGGAAGAGACCACAAGGGCCAUCGAGUCUAACCCCAGGGCCAUCCAGUCCAACUACCUGACUUUUAGAAUACAUCUGAAAGCAGCCCUGUUUAGGGAAGUUUUUAAUGUUUGAUCUUUUAUCGUGUUUUUAAUAUUCUGUUGGGAGCUGCCCAUAGUAGCUGGGGAAACCCAGCCAGAUGGGCGGGGUAAAAACAAUAAGUUGUUGUUGUUGUUGUUGUUGUUGUUGUUGUUGUUGUUGUUGUAGCGGCUUCAAAUUUGAUAAAAUUCCUACAUAUAAUAUGUGCAGUGCACUUACAUUUGUACAUAAAAUAUAAUGGUUGCUGCGUGUAAAUUAUGGAUUACAUUUACACAUAUACCUAUAUACAUCAGAAAAUUGCCCAAGACCAUAUGCAAAGUAGACUUGUAUAUUGUUGUUGUUUGAAGCAACCCAUGUUCAAGUUGCAUUCAUGUGCAUUCAGCCCAUGAUCAUCCACAUAUAGGAUGCACUCUUUCUACAUGGAAAUGGUUUGCAAAAUGUGUCUCCCCUCCUCCUUUCCUGUGUGGCAUCAUGUAGACCUCCUUCUCCCCAAUUUUAGUAUAUGUGCUGCCAAAGCGAGCACCCUUCUCCCCAAUUUUGAAAAAACCAGCGAUUAGCUUUUAUUUGUUCAGAAACCAAAACUGCCUAGUCAUCAUAAUUUAAGUUGAGUAGGUUGGCAAGCUGCCAUCUCCUGUGGUAUUUUGGCUUUAGCGGUAAUUGGCUUCUGUGGUAUUUUGACUUCUUUGACCUCUUUAGCGGAUAGUCAGCUAUCUGGAUUAUGUACCUACUCACUGCUUCUGAUAUGUUGUGAUCUGAUCUGAACUGGUCCUUGAAUAGGUUCUCUGUGGAGCUCUGUAAGCUUUGAGUAGAGCGUUACAGAAGACGUGUCCGCCUGCUCUUUGAGUGGGUAGUCAUUUCUCAGAAAAGCAUUGUGAUACCUCAAAGCAUUUCCUCUGAUCCCGUAAACUCCCCUCUCUUCUUUUACCACAGGAAGUGGGUCAGAUUAUUUUAAUACAGUUAAUCUAGUCACUGUAGAGAUUAUGUGUGAGGGUCACAAACAAUCCCCUUGUCACUAUCUUAAAGACACAAAUCUUUAGUUGCCUUGUGAUUUUAGGCUGCUACGAAACCUCUAAUCCCUAUUUUUUGAGUGGUGGGGAGAAUGGGUCUAAAACAUCUUACAAAAUAACUCCCUUUUAUCUUCCUUGGGAGCAUACACUCCACUGAAGUGUGAGAAGGGCUGAGGAAUUUAUCCUGUAGGAUUGAAAAGUGAAAUCAAAUGUACCGUAUUUUUCGCCCCAUAGGGCGCACUGGCCUAUAGGGCGCACCUAGGUUUUUUUUGGGGGGGGGAAUUAUUAUUUUUUUCCCUGGGGCGGGGGAAGCCCGAGCUUCCCCCGACCCCAGCCCCCAGAACAGGCUGCUAUCCGCAAGCCUAGGAAGCCAUGCGGGAACUCCUGUGGGCUCCCCAGGCUUGCGGAUAUCUGCCCAAAGCCCAGGGUGCGCUGCUUCAGCGCUCCCCUGGCUUCGGGCAGCAGGCUGCUAUCCGCAAGCCUAGGGAGCCGUGCGGGAACUCCCGCGGGCUCCCCAGGCUUGCGGAUAGCUUCCUGAAGCCUGGAGCGCGAGAUUUCCCCUUCAUUUUUGGAGGGGGAAAAGUGCGUCCUAUGGGGCGAAAAAUACGGUAUUUAAGGAAAUUGGAGUUUGCAGGCAAUUAAAGUGAAAGUUAAUGAAAAGAAAGAAAGAAAAUACAACCUAUUAUUCUGCUUUCUAACCAGGAGGGAGAAAAAUGUAAAAAGAAAAAUAGUUCCAAGUUCGUUCUGCUUUCUGGCAGGGAGGAAGUUUGUCUGUGACUUCCUGGGCACUGUAGUCCUUCAACCCCUCUAGCUCCACCUGAAGUUGUCUCUCUGGUGCAUAGAGAAGAAUUCUAUGUCUUCAUCACUUCUGUGACUUUAUGUAAUAACUUUUCAAUAGGAUUUUUUCUUCUUUCUUGUCAAGUGAACCUUUUGUGAUGUAGAGAGACCUCUAUAGUAUAUUGUGCAUUUCAAACAUUCAACUGUACUAAGGUCAAGCAAACAUAUCUUAUCUCAAGAGCUAUCACAUGGAAGAUGGAGCAAGAUUGUUUUUUCCUGCUCUGGAGACUAGGACCCGAACCAGUGGAUUAAAAUCACAAGUCAGGAGAUUCCAACUAAGCAUCGGGGGAAACUUUCUGACAGUGGAACGGUCUCAGGAGGUUGUGGACUCUCCUUUGCUGGAGGUUUUUAAGCAGAUAUCUGCUUCUGUCAUGGAUUCUUUAGCUGAGAUUCUGCAUUGUAGGGGUUGGACUAGAUGACCCUUGGGAUCCCUUCUUACUCUACAAUAUGGUUCUAGGAAAGAAGUCUCCCUAUUGUAGAGCCCUCCAGAUGCUGUUGGAUUCCAACUCCAGCAGCUCCCUCAUCCAUCACUACUGAUUAGGCUGUCUGGGACAACAACACUGAAAGGGCUAAAGCUCUAUCAUCCUUUUCUGAAGGAAGAUAAUGAUGAAAAGCUGUCUGCCAGAAAAGAUAGUUUGCCAUUUACCUCUUCUCUUCUCAUCAAGGAACCUGAUAAGCUUCCACAGCGCCACCCGCGUCUUCCAGGUAUUACCUUACUCAUAUAGAUAGGAUUUGCACCCCACCUUGUAUCUUGCACCCGAACCUCCCUUUUGCACUAUGUCCCUCCCCCUUACCUUGUAAAUUGACAAACCUGUGACAAAUAAGACCCCCCACAACUGCGACUCUAUAAAAUUCUGAACUUACCUUUGGGCAGGGUUCCUCAUACCUUUUGUCACCUUUGUGUAGGGAACCCGGUUGCAACUGAAUAAAGGAUUUGUGCUUUUAAAAAGCCACAUGAUGCUUUCUCUCCGUGGUUGGACAUCACCCGUCUUCUCCUCCAACCGUAGCGGAGCCCUUUGGGACCCCAAACCCAAAUUCUGAGUGUUUUACAUCAGAAUCAAGAACUAGGACUCUUGCCUCUGCUUUGAAUUCAGUAGAGGAAUUCUUAAGCUUGCCACCCAUCACUGCCUCAGCCUUUUCAUAUGGUGUUGAUGACAAUGCUGACUUAUUUCACAGGAUUGUUUUCAAGGAUUUAAAGAUGGGAAUGCAUGUGAAUCGCUUUGAAAAUUUGAAAAUAAAUGCUAAAUUCUGCACACUAACAAGAUGCCUAUUUUUGGAAAUUCUUCAAUCUUGCAUGAUAACUCCUAAAAACUGUCCAGCUUAUUCAUGUUGGCAGGAAAUGGUUUUCUCUAAAGAGCUCUGAUCACAAAGUAGGUGCUUCUGAACAUCAGUAUCAUGAUUUUGUUCUAUUUUUAAUGUUUCAUCUAGUGCAAUCUUCUUCUUUGGUAAUCACUCAUAGCCAAGUAAGAUUGUCUUCCAUGAACACGGUCUUAACAGUGAGUCCGUAAGUCACGGUGGAGGCCAAUUCUGGAUCCACAAGUCCUUCCACAGUGGGGACAGAUUUCUGGGCUGGAGUUGAUCACAGUGAGGUUUUGCCAAAUGUGCCUUCUUCUUAGCUCCUUUCUCCUUUUCGCCCUGAGUUUGUGCGUCCCUGACACCUUCGGUAAUGGCUGUUCUCCAGUUGGAGCACUCGCAGGCCAGUGUUUCCCAGUUAUCGGUGCUUAUACUACAUUUCUAAAGAUUUGCCUUGAGAGUAUCUUUUUUCUUUUCUUGAGAGUGUCUUUAAACCCCUUUUGUUGUCCAUCGGUAUUUCGCUUUCCAUUCUUAAGUUCGGAAUAGAGUAGUUGCUUUGGAAGAUGAUAAUCAGGCAUCUGCACAACAUGACCAGUCCAACGAAGUUGAUGUUGAAGAAUCAUUGCUUCCACACUGGUGAUCUUUGCUUCUUCCAGUACACUGGCAUUAGUUCGCUUAUCUUCCUCAUCCCCCAAUCCAUGGCCUUCAUUUCUCAUUUUAGGCCUAUUAUUAAUACUUCUAGUCACCAACAUUAUUUCAGAAGGAAUGUCACAGAGCCCAUGGCAUCUGUCUUGAUCUUUCUUCCAUUUGCUUGAUAAGUUCCCGAGAAGGGCAAUACCUCCUACCCCUUCAGUGUUCAAAGCCUGUGCUUGUGAAGGGGGAAAAAGACUUCUUUGUUCCAAGUUUCUGGCUUUGCUUCAACGACUAAACAUUUUAGCGCCACAAAUUCUUGCCCAGACUUCCUUUAGUCCUUCAUCAGGUCUGCAUCACCAUUUAAUUAAAAACCUUUCUGGGCACUGCAACUGACCCAGUUGUGCUGAAAAAUCCUCUGGGAGGUGCUCAUCUCCAAAGCUAAAUUUAUAUGUUUGUCAUUCUACUUAUAAUUACUUAUUGCAAAAUUCAGCUUAAAGAAGUGUAAGUGCACUUGAAAAAUGCAUGGUUCCUGCUAGAACCAUGUGAAUCACUUAGGGCGUUUCAAGUAAGAGCCAGUUCAUACAGAAUCAGUUCAUGAAACAUUUCCGCACAAUACCAUUUCAGACUGCAAUUUAGCAGAGGGACUUGAUGGCUCAUGUUCAUUUGGAUCAAUAGUGGUCACUAGCUUUCCUUCAAGCUAAAUUGUGGCACAAGAGGCUGCUGUUUGGAGGUGGGGAGGCACUUUUCUCUAUCUCCUCUCCAGCUAUGACCAUCCCCACUUCAAACACCCCAGCAUGCAGCACUUAGGCACAAAAGAGGUCCCCCCACCCAUAGUUGUUUUGUGUGCAUAGGAUGUUCCUAGGGAGGGUAAGAGUUAAAUCUCUCCCCCUCCACUUCAAUCUCUAGGAGUAUCACAUGUACCCUGCUGGUGCCUAUGCAUGAAAAAAUCUAUAUAUAAUUUCAGUUGCUGAUAGAGGGUGGAAGUGCCCAUGCUUACUUCUGUUUUUAAUGUGUGUCACCACCAACAAGAACCUAGUCCUAGAUUUGAAAUAUCAUUUGCUUUCCCGUUUUAAAAUAAAGGAAAGAGAAAAUGGAGAGUUACAGUGAAGUGUCUGAGUGCAAGGACCAGUGUUAGAAACUCCCAUCGUUCCAGGCACAUUUUGCGACAGGGAGUUUCAUUAGUGCAAGCAGUUUGUGAGCUCUAGGCACAGUACACCCUUUUUAAUAGACAUUAAUUUCUUGUUUACUAUGUAUUUUUAUUUCCAGUUUCAAAUUCUGUCAUAGGUUCUAUGUGUGGAAUAACCAACCUCAAAAAAACAAAAUGCUUAAGUUUAAUCAAUGCAUGAAGGGGUUAAUACCACAGAGUAAGCUGUCCUGCUAGGUUACUAUGUCCACUUCCCCUCAGAUUGGGAGGAACUAAGUAAUCAAGCCUUUGUUCUCCUCCAGUCUACCUGAGAAGCUCAGUGAGUGAAGAGGUUGGAGCUGGUUCCUCCAGCUAAACUAUAUGGUUCUCAUAAGCCACCCGAGUUCCGAUACCAAUAAUUUAGGAACGAUCACCACUUUGUAACUAAGCUAAAUAUUACUGCCCAUGCAACUUUUCUGAAGGACCUGAGUUUUGUAAGUAAACCAUUUUUAAAACUUCUCCAGGUGUGAUCUUUUCCUCAGCUGGGGGAAGAGGAAAACUUUGGAAAGAAACAAGCAGACAUUCUGGAACUCACUUGGAAGGACACAUAUUUUAAAAAUCUAACAAUCUAGCCUAUAUUUCCACCCUUUACUUUGCUGCAUAUUUUGUGAUUUUAAAUCUCUCCUGGGGUUCUCUCAUCAAAGAGCACUUUCAUUCAGGAAUUCUCCUUUCUUGCUCGUUCUCUAUAUUGCACCAACAUUAUGGGUCUGAAAACUUGCAAACUUAACUGCAGUGUUUUUAUUACUUCUGAAAGUCGCUGAGUUUGGCAUGAAAGAAUGAAAGUUUUAGGUAAUGUUUGCAGGGAGAACUAUUUGCACACAGAUUUGACAUUUUUUGAAUAAACAUCCCCCACAAAAGAGUGAGCUAAAUAGCAUUUGGAUCAUCCCUUUCCCCCCUACUUCCUUAUUUACACACAUUCAUAAAGCCAUUAAAAAUACAGAGGUACCUCAGGUUAAGUACUUAAUUCGUUCCGGGGGUCCGUACUUAACCUGAAACUGUUCUUAACCUGAAGCACCACUUUAGCUAAUGGGGCCUCCUGCUGCUGCUGCCGCGCUGCCGGAGCACAAUUUCUGUUCUCAUCCUGAAGCAAAGUUCUUAACCUGAGGUAAUAUUUCUGGGUUAGCAGAGUCUGUAACUUGAAGCGUAUGUAACCUGAAGCGUAUGUAACCUGAGGUACCACUGUAUAAUAAUUCAUGAGUAGUUAGAAUGCACUGUGGGGUCAUCAAAGUCCUCAACUAGAACAUUUAACCUAAGUUCUAUUCAACUCAUACAUGCAUUUUAAAAUUUAAGAGAAGUAUGAUGAUAGGACAAUAGGGCAGAUAUGUCUCAUUAAAAUUCCACACUUAAAGCAAAAACUCAGAGUCUACUCAGGAUUGAUGGCUCGUAUGUCCCAGUUUUCUUCUUGGUAACCCUGGAAACGCAGCAUCUCUGCUCUGGACCAAGAGCGGCUGCUUGGGCAUUUGCCUGUAAGUUGCCAUCUCAUUCAGAAUGUGGUUUUUAGAAAUGUCUGGAAGUCAGUGCCCAUUGACGGUUCUUUUGCACUUGGCAAACUGUAAAGAGGUAAAAUCCUCAACCUUGGAUUUCAAAAGGUGCUAUUUAACAAAAAUGCCAAAGUGAAGAUUCCCAUUUUUAGAUGAUGCAUACCUCCAGGAAUACUGGGGUUCCCAAAGGUGCAUCAAACUGAGAUAAAGACAAAACGUGAAAAGUAACUUCCCCUAAUUACAACUUCUUGGUUGCUGAAGUUGAUUCCAUCUUUCCUACAACCAUCUAAUUGUAUACAGUCAUACCUUGGUUUUUGAACAGCUUAGUUCUCGAAUGUUUUGGCUCCCAAACGCUGCAAACCCAGAAGUGACUGUUCUGGUUUGCAAACUAUUUUUGGAAGCUGAACGUCCGAUGGGGUUUCUGCAGCUUCUGAUUGACUGCAGGAGCUUCCUGCAGCCAAUCAGAAGUUGCGCUUUGGUUUCCAAACAUUUUGGAAGUCAAAUGGACUUCUGGAACGGAUUCCAUUCAACUUCCAAGGUACGACUGUACAUACCAAACAUGUGAGUAUGGGGUUUGUGAAUGUACAGUGUACCAAAAACAAUGAGUUCAAAGUACCCAUUUUAUCUCUGGUAAGAGUGAGGUUUAGCUGUGAAGAGUUCCCUUUGUCAUCUUUCCUAGUUGCCUUGCUGAGCUCCUCUUGCUUGUGCAGAGAUGGCAGGUCAUUCAGAGGAUAAAGGUAAAGGGACCCCUGACCAUUAGGUCCAGUCGUUGGCCUAUCCAUUCAGAGGAUAGCUACAUAUAAUUUCAAGUACUUGUGAUCACAGGGACGCGGGUGGCACUGUGGGUUAAACCACAGAGCCUAGGACUUGCCGAUCAGAAGGCUGGCAGUUUGAAUCCCCACGACGGGGUGAGCUCCUGUUGCUCGGUCCCAGCUCCUGCCAAUCUAGCAGUUCGAAAAUACAAAGUGCAAGUAGAUAAAUAGGUACCGCUCGGGCAGGAAGGUAAACAGCGUUUCCAUGCGCUGCUCUGGUUCGCCAGAAGCGGCUUAGUCAUGCUGGCCACAUGACCCAGAAGCUGUCUGAUGACAAACGCCGGCUCCCUCGGCCAGUAAAGUGAGAUGAGCGCUGCAACCCCUGAGUUGGCCACGACUGGACCUAACGGUCAGGGGUCCCUUUACCUACUUGUGGUCACAGUAGGACAUGCCCUCCCCUAAUUCACAACAAUAACAUCAUGGAGCAAUGCUCUAGUAGGCCAAGUGUGUCCUUAACUAUAGUCGAUUUCCCUCUUAGUUUAAAGGUUAAAACUUGAACCAAAAGUUCUCAAAAUUCAGACCCCUUGAGAUAGUUAGCAGGGUUCAGGGUUCAAUUUUAUUGAGCAAUUGUUCCAGGUGUUUGUGUAGCAUGGAGUCUGCCCGUAAGUCUUCAGGCUUCAGUCACGUGCACACUGCUACUAAUUGGGAUCACUACUUCAAAUGUCAGCAUUUUAAAACAAAUCUUUACAGCCCGGGAUAACCCCUUACCUAUAUGCAUUUAUAUUGUGACUGAAGCACAUGUAAAAAAAUAAUGUGAAUUUGCUAGCUCUUUAUCAGAGUGUGAUAUUGCCUGGGUGUGAGUUGGUGACCAGUUCUGCUUUAUUUAUGUCAUGGACUUUGUAUGCAGUAAUAAACCAAAAGAAAACAAAGCUUACAAAGAGGCUUUGAAAAGCCAUUUUUUUCAGAACCUCUGAAAUUGGCAAGAACUUUCAGAGGCAUGCAAGAAAACCUGAAAGAGCUCUUUUUUUCUGAAUUCAGCAAGCAUUCAGACUUCUAUGACAUUUAAAGGGAGAAAGCAGGGGGGGUGACUACUUUCCCCCAAAGCUUGGAAAUGACCAUUUAUUUUCUUUCUCCAGCAAAAAUGUGUAUUACAGGUUGUCUUUGCUAGGAAGUCUUUCCACUUCUCUGAGACUGAGAAAAUAUGGCUCGAAAAGGGAAGAAGUCUCCCCUCUCUUCUACCACCAGUUUAGAGUUGUAUUGAUGGGAUGGUACCCUUCUAAGUCCUAUGCAGAGUAGACCCAUUGAAAUCAAUGAACUUACUUGAGUCCAUUGACUUCAGUUUUAAAUAAUGACUAUUUUGAACACCAUCCUAGGUUUGUCUUGUUGCCUCCUUGUUUAGCUUACUUACAGUUGAAACAAAUGUCCUGUGAACAUGGAAGAAAGCAGUUUGGGGAAGCACCUGUGGAAACAGUAGCUAUACAGUACACACACCCUGGGAAUCCUAAUAUUUAUCUUCAGAACUAUUUGAUUUUUUGCCUUCUUAUUAAAAAGACAGAUUUCCUUUUAUCGGUAGCUAACUUGGGCUACAGUCUUACUUGCACUUAACACAGUGGGACUUACUUCUGAGCAUUGCCAUGCCUUGGUAAUGGACUGAAAGAGAGCCAACAAACUGAAGCUCAAUCCAGAUAAGACCAAGGCACUGUUCGUGAGUGGUUCCUUAAACCAGAUGGCUGGGAGGUGGCCUGCUCUUGAUGGGGUUACGCUUCCUCUGAAGGAGCAGGUAUGUAGCUUGGGGGUGCUCCUGGAUCCUGGCCUCAGUGGUGGGGGGUGCUAUCCAUCAGCUGCGGCUGGCGGUCCAGCUGUGCCCCAGCUGGACAGAGAUAGCCUAACCUUUGUCACCUAUGCUCUGGUAACCUCUACUGAAGACGGUUUGGAAAUUUCAACUGUUGUAGAAUUCAGCAGCCAGAGCAAGACAGUUUGAGCAUAGAACAUCUUUCAAUCACUGGAUAACUGUUGUUGUUGUUUAGUCGUUUAGUCGUGUCCGACUCUUCAUGACCCCAUGGACCAGAGCACGCCAGGCACUCCUGUCUUCCACUGCCUCCCGCAGUUUGGUCAGACUCAUGUUUGUAGCUUCGAGAACACUGUCCAACCAUCUAAACCUCUGUCGUCCCCUUCUCCUUGUGCCCUCCAUCUUUCCCAACAUCAGGGUCUUUUCCAGGGAGUCUUCUCUUCUCAUGAGGUGGCCAAAGUAUUGGAGCCUCAGCUUCAUGAUCUGUCCUUCCAGUGAGCACUCAGGGCUGAUUUCCUGAAGAAUGGAUAGGUCUUCUUGCAGUCCAUGGGACUCUCAAGAGUCUCCUCCAGCACCAUAAUUCAAAAGCAUCAAUUCUUUGGUGAUCAGCCUUCUUGAUGGUCCGGCUCUCACUUCCAUACAUCACUACUGGGAAAACCAUGGCUUUAACUAUACGGACCUUUGUUGGCAAGGUGAUGUCUCCGCUUUUUAACUAUGCUGCUACAAAUGUUGCUUUCGGUGUAUCUCUCUCUCUCUCUUCCACAUGGUGGCUGUAUUUCACACUGAUUUACACUUUCAUAGGAAGAUAAAGAGAGCUCAAGCUGCAAAAGGUUUGGGGAGUUUUUACGGUUCUUACUUCUCUAACUACAUUGGUACCUCUGGCUACGUACUUAAUUCGUUCUGGAGGUCCGUUCUUAACCUGAAACUGUUCUUAACCUGAAGCACCACUUUAGCUAAUGGGGCCUCCUGCUGCUGCCGCGCUGGCGGAGCACGAUUUCUGUCCUCAUCCUGAAGCAAAGUUCUUAACCCGAGGUAAUAUUUCUGGGUUAGCGGAGUCUGUAACCUGAAGCCUAUGUAACCUGAAGCGUAUGUAACCCGAGGUACCACUGUACACAGAAAAAACAAAUAGUUGCUUUUUCCUGUUGCAGUUCCCCAACAAUGCAAAAAGCAAUAAUUCAGCCCUCCCCCAGAAAGAUUCUGCCCUGUCAGGCUGCAUCUAUUUUGGUGAUGGUUUUUUAUAUAUAAAAAACUAAACAUAAUCAUCGUCAUUAAUCUGGAUGGUUCUGGGGCAGUAGGAAAGUUUAAACUUCUCCACCCAGCCCAGUACCCUGAUAAAGAUCCAAAUUGCCCUCUCCCUUGUUAUCAGAUUAACUAUUUAUCUCUUAUCAAGAUGCAUUAUGACCUGGAGUCAGGGUGGAGGAGAUGUCCUUUUGGGCUACUUUGUGCAGAAUUGGAUCAGCAGAUUCCGGGAGGGCCUGUGUGUUGUGCACAAGGGGGCAAAGCCUACUUUUGGCCAAACCCAUCACUGGUAUGGAGGGUUCGUCAAGGGUGAAUAUGAGCCUUGGGUCAAAAUAGGUAAGCCUGUAACUUGCCUGGUUAGACACCCCCAUCAAAUAUUAUACAGGUGGUGUGGGAUUCUCUACAGCAGAGGUUCUCAGACCAUAAGGAAGUGCUCCUUCAUUAUGGAGUCUGCAGGGUACACUCCCCAGUAUGUUUUCACAGACGCCAGGUCUAGUAUUCUGAGGGCAAGAGCGUUUCUCAUUGACCCCAAGGAGCAUCUGUUGCUGCCCACCUUUUCCCAAUGAUGUCAUGUCUCCGCUUGAAAUGUUGCCCCACAGCAAGCAAAUGUGCCCUAUUCUUUCUCUGUUGGUACAGUGUAUGUUUCUCACUGUUGCUCUGAAUAUCAGCCUCCAGAUAAAAGUAAAGGGACCCCUGACCAUUAGGUCAAGUCGUGGCCUAUUUAUCUACUUGCACUUUGACGUGCUUUUGAACUGCUAGGUUGGCAGGAGCAGGGACUGAGCAAUGGGAGCUCACCCCGUCACGGGGAUUCAAACCGCUAACCUUCUGAUUGGCAAUUCCUAGGCUCUUUGGUUUAACCCACAGCGCCACCUGCGUCCCAGCCUCCAGAUAAAGCAGCAUUAAUUUCAAUAUAACUUCCAUCUCCACAGUUGAAAGAGAAAUUAAUGAGACUCAAGCAUGUUGGUUAGCCUACUGUUAUACUCAUAGUUUACUACGACUACUGCUUUUAGUUGACAUAAUCCUCUUAAUCAGAAGUACAUUUCUUGGGCUGCUCAGGAGAGGGAAAGGCAGGUUGUCAGACUUCCAUUAUGCUUAGGAAUUAGGAGUGCUUUCUCAUUAUCCAAAUACUAUUUUGUACAAUUCACGUUUAAUAGUGUCAGGCUGAACAGCAGCCAUUCUCAAAGACCCCUGUGUUUGUUUGUUUGUUUGUUUGUUUGUUCUACAGAGACAAAGACUGUCUCAAAAUUUGGGAGCUAUUUCAAAAUGCCUUUAUGUACAAGCAUCCAUGCAGGGCGACAGAGGAAGAUUUCCAGCCUCUGAUGGACCUGGCCAGACAAUCCAUCCCAUGUAAUCAGGUAGUUAUUUUGUGCUUGUUAAUUUCUCAAGAAAAUUAUUAAAGAAUAUUUUGAAUUAAAUUGUAAUCAAGAUGUUGACUUAAAAACUGUUUGGGAUGCAAAUAAGGCAGUUUUAAGAGGUUAUUUUAUUCAGAAAUGUGCAUACCAGAGGAAAGUAAGGGAAUGUAAGAAAUUGGAAAUAUCUGACAAAUUAAUAAAGAAAGAGAAAGAAUUGGUUACAGAUGCAGGAAAUAAAGAGAAACUUCAAAAAAUUAAUUUCUUACAGAUACAAUAUUCAAUGCUUGUAAACCAAUAAAUAGAAAGGAAAAUUAAGUUUGUAAAACAAAGGGAGCGGGAGGCAGUGGAGGACAGGAGUGCCUGGCGUGCUCUGGUCCAUGGGGUCACGAAGAGUUGGACAUGACUAAAUGACUAAACAACAACAAAAACAAAACAAAGGAAUUUUGAAUUUGCAAAUAAACCAGGAAAGUUACUGGCAUGGCAACUUUAAAAAGUGAGUAGACAAAGAUUACCGUAUUUUUCGCCCCAUAGGACGCACUUUUUGAAGGGGAAAUGUGCGUCCGUCCUAUGGGGCAAAUGCAGGCAUUCGCUGAAGCCUGGAGAGCGAGAGGGGUCGGUGCGCACCGACCCCUCUCGCUCUCCAGGCUUCGCGCAGAUCUCCGCAAGCCAGGGGCUCCCGUGGCUUGCAGAGAGUUGCCUGCAUGCCGAAGGCUGUGCGCGCUGCGCUCAGCACGCCCAGACUUCGCGCGGCUCUCCGCAAGGCGCAGGAGCCCAGCGCUGGGCUCCCGCAGCUUGCGGAGAGUUGCUUGCAUGCCGAAGGCUGGGCGCGCUGCGCUCAGCACGCCCACACUUUGCACGGCUCUCCACAAGCCGCAGGAGCCCUGCGCUGGGCUCCUGCGGCUUGCGGAGAGUUGCCUGCAUGCCGAAGGCUGGGCGCGUUGCUCUCAGCACGCCCAGACUUCGCUCAGCUCUCCGCAUGGCGCGGGAGCCCGGCGGCGGGCUCCCGCAGCUUGCGGAGAGUUGCCUGUUCUGGGGACUGGGGUCGGGGGAAGCUCGUGCUUCCCCCGCCCCAGCCCCACACCUGGGGGGGAAUAAAUUUUUCCCCCUUUAUUUCCCCCCCAAAAAACUAGGUGCGCCUUAUGUGACGGUGCGUCCUAUAGGGCGAAAAAUACGAUAAUUAAUGAGCUGGUGAAGGAUGGAGUACACAUAAACAAUCCAAAAGAAAUCAGACAGGAAUUUGUGAGGUUUUACAUAGAUGUGUUGGGACGCAGGUGGCGCAAGCCUAGGACUUGCUGAUCAGAAGGUUGGCGGUUCAAAUCCCCACAACGGGGUGAGCUCCCGUUGCUCGGUCCCUGCUCCUGCCAACCUAGCAGUUCAAAAGCACGUCAAAGUGCAAGUAGAUAAAUAGGUACCGCUCCGGCGGGAAGGUAAACGGCGUUUCCGUGUGCUGCUCUGGUUCACCAGAAGCGGCUUAGUCAUGCUGGCCACAUGACCCGGAAGCUGUACGCCGGCUCCCUCGGCCAGUAAAGCAAGAUGAGUGCCGCAACCCCAGAGUCGGCUACGACUGGACCUAAUGGUCAGGGGUCCCUUUACCUUUUACAUAGAUGUGUAUAAAAGAGAAAAAGAAGACUUCAAACUUAUAGAGAAUUAUAUAGAGCGAAGUAAAUUAGGUAAUAUUUUUAGAGAAAGUGCAGAGCUAUUAAAUGCGCCAAUCUCCACGAUGGAAGUAUAUCAGGUUAUAAGCCAGGGAAAAUCUGGGAAAGCCCCAGGACCAGAUGGGCUCCUGGUGGAGUACUACAAAAAGUUUCAGGAUGAGUUAGGCCUAUACCUAAAAUAUAUUAUAACAAAGUGUUAGAAAUAGGACAAGCACCAGAAACUUGGAAGGAGGCUUAUAUCACUUUGAUACCCAAACAAGAUAAAGACAGGACAAAUCCCAAAAACGUCUGCCCGAUAUAGCUAUUAAACUGCAAUUGUAAGUUAUCUGCAACAAUAUUAGCAAAUAGACUCAAAAAAUUAUUAGUGGCUUAAUACGUGAGGACCAAGCAGGCUUUCUCCCCAGCAGACCAUUAAAAGAUAAUGUUAGGAAUAUUAUAAACAUAAUAGAAUACCUAGAAGUGCAUAACGAAAAACAGGCAGCAUUGAUAUUUCUGGACACGGAGAAGGCAUUCGACAAUGUGUCUUGGAUAUUUAUGAAAAGAGUCCUGAAGAAAAUGGAUUUGGGGAAAAUAUUUUUAAAGGCUAUAGAAGCAAUAUAUACUGAACAACGAGCAAAUAUUAUUGUAAAUAAAACUAUAUCUGAUGGGUGUACAGUUAUGAAAGGAACCAGACAAGGCUGCCCAUUGUCCCCAUUAUUGUUUAUUUUGAUUUCAGAAGUAACUGGCACAAAGAUAAGAAAGAAUGACAAAAGAAGAGGUAUAAGAGUGGGUCAGCAAAAUUCUAAGUUAAAAGCAUAUGCAGAUAAUAUUAUUUGACCUUAGAAAACCCACUAGAAAGUGUACCAGCAGUAUUGGAAGAUAUAAGGGAAUUUGGCAAUCUAGCAGGCUUUAAACUGAAUAAACAAAAAACAGCAAUUUUAGUCAAAAAUAUGGAUUGUCCCCUUACAAAACACUUAGAAAGAACUAGUGAUAUAAAGAGUGAAAAGAAAGUGAAAUACCUGGGAAUUUGGUUAAUGGCGAAUAAUCACAUCUUUAAUGAUAACUUCAUAAAGGUUUGGAAAGAAAUAAAAAAAGACCUGAAAAUCUGGAGUAGAAUGCAAUUGUCUUUGCUGGACAAAAUUUCGGCUAUAAAAAUGAACAUAGUCCCAAAAUACUAAUCCUAUUCCAGACAGUACCUAUAGUUAAUAACAUUUGAAACUUCAAGGAAUGACAGAAAGAGCUUUCUAAGUUUAUUUGGCAGGAGAGAAAAUCCAGAAUAAAACAUAAAAUUAUGAUUGAUACCAAAGAGCGAGGCGGUUUUGCUCUCCCUGACUUACAAUUAUGUUUAUGUUGAAAGAAUGGAUUUUACUAAAGAAUAGCCACUUAUUAGAUCUAGAAGAGCACAGGAAGGCCUGAAACUGGAAGGGGGAAUUGGCAGAAAUUAAGAUACCCCCCUCUACAUGUAAGCAUAACUGUAUAAUGAGCAAAGGGGGGGAGGUCACAGGAGUUCGUGGAGCAAACAUUGCACCAAAAACAAAACAACAGAACCUACCCAUUCUUACUACCCAGACUUUUUGUUCUUAUCUGUACAGAUGCCCAAAUAUUUUCUGCCACUACUUCUGGGUCUCGUGCCCCUUAAGACAAAAAAAAAAUAUUUUAAAAAAUCCCAAAGCUUUAAGCCCAAAGCUGAAAACUGUGGAGAGAAAUGGAAAGAGGAGGAGUUAUAUUACUGUUAUAGUUCAGGAAAUGUGUCAGAGCUAGGAAUUCAAUAUUGACACUUUACUUACAGUCGCUGUUUUGGAGCAAGACAAAAGACCUUGUACACCGUUACACAAAAACUAAUCGUGAUUUCCUCACAUUGGAAGACACUUUACUAGGCUACAUGGCAGAUGGGCUCUCAUGGUGUGGAGACCCCUCCAGCCCAGGUAAGAAGAGUGUCCUAUUCUCUACAAAAAAAAAAAAAGAGAUUUAGGGUCCCCCCCUUCUGGUAUGGGGGAGGGUAGGAAUUGUAUCCUUUUAGAAGAUUUGAAGUAGAAAGGAUAUAAUAAUGUAUUGUUAACCAGUGAUUGAAAGAUACAACUUCAGAAUAAAAGAAAAGAAAUCAAAGCAAUGGAAAUAAUGUACAAUAGAUGCUCUAUAUGGUGUGUAGACAUCAAAUUCACCCUUACCCCUACUUUCCAGUUGCAGCAGAGGCAUUGCACUGUUAUAAGAAAAACCUGCUCCUUUUCCUUUAUGGGGUCUCCAAGAGCCCGUAAUGAGUCCUUAAGUGGGUUUCCUGUCGGUAGGAGAAAAUAGCAGAGGCCAACCAAGGAAUAUUGAGAAGCAAAGCAGCUAGUAAACUGUUUAUUAAACUGUUGCAACAGGGUGCUCGCUACCACAUGCAGGAGGGAGGAGGAACCCGGAACAAUGGUGUGCAAACUCUUCUAUAGACUUUUGAAAUUGCCCACCCUCUAGCCCAAGGUAAAGGUAAAGGGAGCCCUGACCAUUAGGUCCAGUCGUGGCCGACUCUGGGGUUGCAGUGCUCAUCUCGCUUUAUUGGCCGAGGGAGCCGGCGUACACCUUCCGGGUCAUGUGGCCAGCAUGACUAAGCCGCUUCUGGCGAACCAGAGCAGCACACAGAAACGCAUUUACCUUCCCGCCAAAGUGGUACCUAUUUAUCUACUUGCACUUUGACGUGCUUUCGAACUGCUAGGUUGGCAGGAGCAGGGACCAAGCAAAGGGAGCUCACCCUGUCAUGGGGAUUCGAACCAUCGACCUUCUGAUCGGCAAGCCCUAGGCUCUGUGGUUUAACCCACAGCGCCCAAGACCAACCCCCAAAACAUCAGACAUGCUUCACAGGAGGCGGUCUCCAGCCGAAAUCCUGUUUGCCAGGAUAUCUGUUAAUGGUCACUGAUUGCUUUACCUGGGCAGCCUGGCCACUCUUUUGUGAUGGUAAAUACUUUUAGUUCCUGAAUCCAGGUCACAGGGUCACCCUAUUCAUACACAAAUACGCCCUUAAGACAGGAUUUGUAAGCAAAAAGACAAAGGGAAGGCUUUCCCCAUUUCCUCCCUCCUUGGGGAGAAAUAUAUCGAGGUCAAUUUGGGAGAGUCAAAACUAUUUCAGACACGUGGUUCAUAUACUUACGUACCGGUAUGUGUUUGCCAUGUACAUUUAUGAGCGUUUAUUUUCUACUUGAGACCCUAAAAUUCUUACUUUCCAGUUGUAGCAGAGGCAUUGCAUUAAAACUUAGUUCUUCUUCCCUCCCCUCUCAUAGGGCACAAUAUAUCAGUCUUGUAUUUAUGCUCAAACUGUAUUUAUUAUAGGAGUCAACUACGAAUCUUGCCCCGAAUGGACUGAGUGUGAGAAUAACCCUAGUUCAAUGUACUGGAAAAUGUCGUCCAAGAUGGUAUGUUCUAUGCAACCCAGGUUAGCGAUACUGAAAUAUAUAUUAUGCUUCACUAAUACACAAUUGAAUUAAAACCAAUGGCUAAUAAAACGAAAUCGUAUCCCUUAACCCAGGGAUAGCCAAGUUGGUGCCGCCAAGAUGCUGUUGAAUCACAAUUCUCUCGCCAGCCUCUGCCUGCACAGCAAAUGGUCAGGGAAGAUGGGAGUUGUAGUCCAACAAAAUUUAGAAGGCACUCUAUUGGCUCCCCCAAUAUGGUUGGGCAUUUUGAAAUUAACACCACUUGUAGAACCUUUUCUUCACUUAGGCAAACUCAUAAAAUUGGUGACUAUUGAAAGGUCAAAACUGUAAGUGGGUACAAGGUAUUGAGCAGGUUCUCUUGUUACAUUAAACUAUGUUUUCAAAUAUGUUUUAGUUUGCAGAAGCAGCCUGUGGUAUAACUCAAGUGAUGCUUAAUGGGUCCAUAGAAGCUGGAGCAUUCAGAAACAACAGGUAUUUUCCCACUUGACUGUAAUGCCUGCCUAUCCAUGCCCAGGUCAUUGUGAUAUGCCGCCCAAGGCCUGUGCAUAUCUUCCUGAUGUUCCCAAAGUGAAUUGAUAGACAGGGUAUUCUUGUGGAUUAAGAAGGCAGCCAUACUGCUUCCAGGUAGGUUGUUCUUACUCUUGAUUGAUGGAGAGGUAAAUAAAGACUCAUAAUAAACAAUCUAGCUUUACUGCUGUCCGUAAGAGUCAACUUAACAUAGCUCAUUGGCCUUAUCCUGGCCUUUGACAAUUUAGACAUGUAUUUUAAGGACUCGCCCUAUGCUUGUGAUUUUAAACUGUUUUUAACAUUGUACUUUAAAUUGUUGUGAUCCACCCUAACACCUCAGAGUGAAGGAUGGGUAAUUAAUCAAAAUCAUACAUACAUACAUACAUACAUACAUACAUAUUUAUCUUCUGAAAUUACUAGGCAAUGGCAAUGAAUAACAUCUAUAAAGAUGUUUACCUGAUAUGUUUUGUUGAGGCUGGUAAACAUCUGAGCUCUUUUCUUAUGCUCCUGCUCUUUCAGCAUUUUUGGCAGUGUUGAAGUUGUUAACUUAAAUCCGAAUAAAGUCUCCAAGAUGCAGAUUUGGCUUAUGCAGGACAUUGAUGGACCACAAAGGUAUGUUUUGAUAAUGCAGAAUAUAAUAACUCUCUAUAUCUAGGGUUCAGUUAGAAACAGACUACUACAACAUGGCAUAUCCUUUUCCAACAGACAUGCUGUUUUUCCAAGAAUAAUUCCUUCUUUGUUAGCAGUACUGUUCUGCAUUCUCAGAAAAAGCUCAGUUUAGGCAGUCAUUUUAAAGGUUUUUUUUUGGGGGGGG